AUGGCGCUCCGAGACGCACCCGCGGCCGGCUGUCCUGCCCCAGCAGAUGCGCAGACGGCUGAGCUGACCUUUGACGGCGUGUCCUACCUGCUGAUUGUGCGCUGCGUUGGGGGAGACUGCCUGGAGGUGUCGGUGGAGCAGAAGGAGGAUGCAUCGACCUGGAGCGCCGUCUUUGCCGCCAAAUAUGUGGAGGAGAUCAGCGCCAAGACUGGCAGCUUCAAGCGCUUCCCCGUGUUUGUCAAGAUGCUGCUCAGCGCGCUGCGGCAGGAGUCGGACAGCGUGUUUGUGGACUUGCUCACCCCCGCAGACCUGGAGCUGCUGCGCAGCAAGCGUGCCAGCAGCGGUGGCGCGACGGCUGCAGCACCCGCGCCCUGCCAGCCGCAGCCACAGCGGGAGGCGCAGGCGCAGCCAGGGCAGGCAGCACCCACCGGAGCCGCUCCCUCCGCGGCUGGCAGCAAGCGCUACCUCAUCCUCACCUAUGCCGCAGAGUUUGACCGGGUGCACUACCCGCUGCCGCUGCAGUACGAGGAGCACCCCGACCCGCAGCGCCUCAAAGCCACCAUCCGCCAGCUGCGCGCCCAGCUGGCAGCGGCCACGGCACGCGCUGCGGGCGGGCUGGGCCGCCGCGGCGGCAGCGCCGCCGCCGCCCCCGCCGACGUGAAGCAGCUGAGUGAGGAGAAUGCGGCGCUGCGGGCGCAGGUGCAGGAGCUGGAGGCGGCGCAGGGGCUGGGCGGCGGCUCCAGCCUGGCCGCCGACGUGCAGCAGCUGGCUGCGGAUGCCCAGGAGACGGUGCGUGACCUGCGGGCGAUGCGGCGGGAGCGGGAUGGCCUGGUGGCCAGGCUGCAGCAGGCCGAGGCGGCGCUGGAGGGCGAGCGCAACCUGCACCGGCGUGAGCUGCGGCGGCGGGGCAAGGACGUGGCGGACCUGGGCGGCGAGCUGGCGGCGGCCAAGGACCAGAUCCGGGAGCUGCGGCUCAAGUGCCGGGAGCUGACGCAGGAGCUGGACCUGGCGCAGCGGCGCGCCAAGGUGGCCAGCAUGAGUGCUAGCCUGGCCCGCCAGCCAUCCGCUGGGCGGCCUCCUGGCAGCAGCGGCGGCGGUGGUGGUGCCAGCAGCAGCCGGGGCUCCCUGCCCAGCUACUCGCGGGGCACCUCGCCAGCGGGCAGCCGGUACCACAGCAGGGACGCCUCGCCAGCGCCCAUCCGCAGGGUGCCGCUACCAGGCCCGCCCCGCUCGCGGUCGGCCGACGUGUCCCGCCCCACCUCCCAGCCCUCGUCUCGCCCCGGCUCAGCAGGCCGCUUCGACCCCACAGAGUACGUCAAGCAGCGGCGGGAGCGGGAGCGGGAGGCGUCGAGGAGGAUGGACGACAUGCGGCGUGCGGCACGCAUGCAGUCGCCGGGCUCCCGCGCCGGCAGCCUGCACGGCUCCCGCCCGCCCUCCAUGCCCACCUCACGGCACUCCACACCACAGCGCAGCCGAGUCCCCAGCCGCGACCCCAGCGCCGACAGGGCGCGGCAGGCCGCUCGCGAUCACAGCGCGGAGCGAGGCGGCCUGCGGCAGGGGAACCCCCGCCAGCGGGACGCCGCCGUGCGCAGCACCGAGCUGCUGCGGGCGGCGGUGCAGACCACGGCGGGGCGCAGCAGCUUCCCGCCCCGGGAGCAGCGGUCCGCGUCUCCUGGCAGGGCGCUGAUGGAGGUGCAGCAGCGGCUGCAGCAGUAUGCCAGCAGCAGGCUGCCGGCCAGGGGCGGCAGCGCAGGCCAGAGCGCGGCAGCAGGUCAGGAUGCAGCCCAGCAGCAGCAGAUUCAAGAGGUGCAGCAGGCGGCGCAGCGGCCACGGGUGCCGCCCACUGGGGACCACUAUGCAGACGCCAGCGCCGAGAUUGCCGACAUAGACAGCCGGCUGCAGAGCCUGCAGAACUUCCUGAAGGCCGCCAAGGCGGGGCAGCCGGCGGCGGUGCCCGCAUGA